CUGUUUCCCCACAAGAGCAGUACUGCCGUGACUGUCUGGGCUUCUGCUGUGUACUUGCAUGUAUGCUAGCUGCCAGGCUUUGAAUGAAUAUCGCCAGUACGAGUGUCUGCAAUCCCAUUGACAGACAUUAAAAUGUCUGAUGAUGCCAGCGACGCCAUAGCCAACGGAACCAGAGAAGAUGCUGCCGAGAUGCCCCGUAGUGACUUCCCGGCUGAAGAUGCCGAAGCGCAGGGUGGUCCAGCUACAACCUCGAACGAAUCAGUGCCAGCUGACCACACCGGAGAGCCGCAUGAGAUGGCAGCUGCCUGUGCAGAGACUGCCCCUACAGGGCUCCUAGAGCCGUGCAAGGCCAGUGCUGCCAAUGAUGAGAACCCCCUCAACAGAGAGGUGACGGAGGACACCUUGGUCGAGUGCGUUGAUUCUGUCAGCCUGGAGGGAGACACCGGAUCUGAAAUACCUCUGAAAGAACAGAAUGAGGGGGCUGUGGACUCCGCACCACAGGCUGGAGGAUGGGCAGGCUGGGGAUCCUGGGGGAAAUCUCUGCUCUCAUCUGCAUCAGCCACAGUAGGUCAUGGAUUAACCGCAGUCAAAGAAAAGGCAGGGGCAACCCUACGAAUCCACAGCGUCAAUUCCGGAUCUCCGGAAGGGGCCCCAACUGAUGCUGAAAAUGGAAUCUCAGAAAAUUUGACUCCGGAUCAGGACCCUGCCGGAGGCCCCCACACUUCUCCUCCACCAGUGGCCGCAGGGUCAAGGGGUAUGCUGUCAGCCCUCACCAACGUGGUUCAAAGCACGGGCAAAAGCGUCCUAACCGGAGGGCUGGAUGCUUUAGAGUUCAUUGGCAAGAAAACCAUGAAUGUCCUCGCAGAAAGUGACCCAGGGUUCAAGCGGACCAAGACACUGAUGGAGACAACCGUUUCCUUGUCCCAGAUGUUGAGAGAGGCCAAGGAGAAGGAGAAGCAGAGGCUGGCGCAGCAGCUCACGGUCGAGAGAACUGCACACUACGGGAUGCUGUUUGAUGAAUAUCAAGGUUUGUCACACCUGGAAGCCCUGGAAAUUCUGUCCAAUGAGAGUGAGAGCAAGGUUCAGUCAUUUUUAGCAUCACUCGAAGGAGAGAAACUGGAACUCUUGAAAAGUGACCUGAUUUCUAUCAAAGACAUCUUCGUAGCCAAAGAAUCAGAGAACGAAGAAAACCCAGACGAACAAGGUCUGGAGGAAAAGGGUGGAGAGUUCGCCAGCAUGCUUACGGAGCUCCUGUUUGAACUACACGUCGCCGCCACACCUGACAAACUCAAUAAGGCCAUGAAGAAAGCUCAUGACUGGGUGGAAGAGGAUCAAAACGUCGUGUCAAUAGAUGUGGCCAAAGGGUCAGAGGAGGAAGAGAGGAAGGAAGAAAAGGAAGAGAAAGCGGAAGAACCCAAAGAAGACAAAGUAGGGGGAACAGGAACUAAAACUGUAGAGGAAGUGUACAUGCUAUCUAUCGAAAGCCUGGCUGAAGUAACUGCUCGCUGCAUCGAGCAACUUCAUAAGGUUGCAGAGUUAAUUCUUCAUGGACAAGAAGAGGAAAAACCAGCUCAAGACCAAGCAAAAGUUCUGAUUAAAUUAACCACAGCAAUGUGCAAUGAAGUGGCCUCCUUAUCAAAGAAGUUUACACACUCUCUAACCACUGUUGGGAGCAACAAGAAAGCCGAAGUCCUUAACCCUAUGAUCAAUAGUGUGUUUUUGGAGGGCUGCAAUAGCACCACGUAUGUCCAGGACGCCCUCCAGCUGCUGCUCCCAGUACUGCAGGUCUCCCACAUCCACACCUCCUGUCUGAAAGCCACGCCCCAGCCAGAGUCCAGCUAGUUCAAUGGCAGACCACGUCUCUUCACCACAACCCAUUUAAAGGCAACUAUGGUCUUCAACGUCACUGGCCAGGCCGCCUAUCUGAGGACACUACAAGCAGUUUUGCACCGUUUUGAAAAUGCAGAGUUAUCAUUUCUCUUAAUGUAUGUUGUUGUUUUAUCAAUAAUUAUGUUUUCUUUAUGUUAACUUAAACUUAUACUUGUUAUAUUGAAUUUUUCCUCCAAUUUGCAGUUCCGUUCACAAAUACAUGUUUUCCUGGUUAAACAUGCUAUGUGUAGACAUUCACAGGGCGACCCUAGAUUUUUGUCCAUCUUUGAAACGCCUACCUUUCAGUACCCUGUUUUUCUAAAACAUGGCUUUAAGUAAGUUCUUGUUCUGAACUUCAUUUUGUUGCAUAAAUGUCAUAAGUAAAAGCAACACUACUUAUUUGGUCUUUAAAAAGGAUAUAAAUAUCUUUUGUAGUCAUUCGUUUUGUGACAAGAUUUAUUGAGCACCUACUAUACGUUUGCCAAAAAGGAAUAUGAUCUCACUCCAAUAGAGACAUGUUCUGAAAGAUGACUUAUAAUAAUCCUUAACAUAGCUUAGGAUACCAAGACAUUUUCUAAACCUUAAAACAUGUGAAGAACCAAGUAAAUUGGUAGUUACUUAAAAUGUGCUACCCUUCAAUUUAUAACAAUUUUUUAACCUCCUUAAACUUUUUUUUUUUUUAUAUACCAAUUACCUGUAGGGUAAAAAUAUGUAUGAAAAGAAUAUUUAUUUUGAGAUGGGGUUUUACUAUGUAGCCUUGCUUGGCCUGGAACUCACUACAUAGACCAGGCUGGCCUCAAACUCACAAAGAUCUGCCUGCCUCUGCCUCCCAAAUACUGAGAUUAAAGGUGUGUGCGCAACAACUACGCCUACCUGACCUGACAAAGUAUUUUAGUUUAGGAUAUAAUGGCAAAAUUAGAAAGUUUGGGAGCAUUUCAAUAGAAAAUUAAAG